CUUUUUUUUAAAAUAUGUCACAAAAGUUCAAGGUUAAAAAGCUGAGAGAUUAAAAGUCUGAAGAUCUCCUAAAAGAUUUAGAGAAACUCAAAGGAGAACUCAUUUAAUUACGAACAGUUAAAGUUUCAGCUGGUAAUGCCUAAAAACUUGGCAGAAUUGGACUUGUUAGAAAGCGAAUUGCUAAAUUUUUGACCGUGAUCAAUGAAUAAAGAAGAAAUUCUGUGAAAAAUGCAGCCAAGUCAAGCACUAAACUCCCAGUUGAUCUCAGAGGUAAAAAAACAAGAGCAAUUAGAUAAAGACUUACAAGAAGCGAAAGAGCAUAAAAAACAUAAAGACAAUGGAAAAGAUUGAACAAUUUCCCAUUAAGAAAGUUUGCUUUGAAAGAAUGAUCAAUUAUAUAAAAUAGUACAAUAUUGAUAUAGCAAUUGUAAAUAUCAACCAUUAUCAGAUUUAUACAUCAUA